AUGAUAAUUGAAUAUGGAGAUAUUAAAAAAUGGACAUUUAAACUAUGGAAUACAUUCAUGAUCAGCACAGCUAAUGUAUUUCUCCUCUUUGGUAAUCUUCAAACUCCAAUGUUUUUGGACUGGUUGCUAGGCCUAGGAAGAGAUAGUGAGAGAACAAACACAACAAAAGGUAAAGUGUGGAUUUUGACUGCUCAGCUAGAACUUAAGUCCUAUAGUAAUAAACAGGAACAGAAAUCUGCUAAACUUAUCUACUCUGGGGCUUUAUCAUUGGUUGUCCAUUCCAAUGGGCUGCCAGGAUUUCUGCAAUUCAUUCUGGAGAGAAAGCCUUCCAAUGCAAAAGAAGAUUUUUUAAUAAGAGACUUUUGGUCUUCUACUUUUGAUUGCACAUUUCCCAACUGGAUUCUGAACCAUACAAAUAGUGAACUCUGCACUGGGCUAGAGAGCAUGGAGAACAUUUCUGAAAACCUUUUAGAAAGAACCAUUACUGGGCACAGCUAUAGUAUCUAUAAUGCUGCAUUUGCUGUGGCUCAUGCUUUGCAUGCCAUGUAUUCAUCCAGAUUCAAGCACAAGAGAAAGAUGGAGAGGGAGAGAUGGACAUCUCUGACUCAGCAGUCAUGGGAGCUGCUCUAUUUUCUGAAGCAAGUGUCUUUCAAUAAUAACAUAGGGGAAAAGGUUUCCUUUGACCAGAAUGGUGUACUUCUAACAACAUUUGAUGUUAUAAACUGGGUUUUGUUUCCAAAUGUGUCUUUAAUUGGAGUAAAAGUUGGAAUGAUCAACUCACAAGUAACAAGAGACCACAAAUUGAUGAUGAACAAAAAUUCCAUUGUUUGGCAUAGCUGGUUUAAUGAGGUGCAACCUCUCUCAAUCUGUAGUAACAAGUGCCAACCAGGUUACAGCAAACAAAAGAAAGAAGGGGAGUCAUUCUGCUGCUAUGAUUGCAUUCCCUGUCCAAAAGACAAGAUUUCUGAGUGGGAAGAUAUGCCUGACUGUGUUGAGUGCAAACAAGAUCUUUACCCAAACAAUCAUCAGAAUGCCUGCAUUCCUAAAAUUGUAAUCUUUUUAUCCUAUAAUGAACCUAUGGGAAUGGGUUUAACCAUUGGGGCUCUUUUCCUUUCACUAAUAACUAUUGCCAUUUUAAAAACGUUUAGAACUCAUCACAAUACUCCCAUCGUCAAAGCUAAUAACCGGGAUCUCACAUAUAUUCUUCUUGCCUCCCUUCUUCUCUGCUUCCUCUGUACUUUUUUUUUUAUUGGGCAGCCUCAGAAGAUCAUGUGUGUCCUGCAACAAUCAGUUUUUGGCAUUGUCUUCUCAGUGGCUGUUUCUUCAGUAUUGGCCAAAACCAUCACUGUGGUUCUGGCAUUUAUGACCACCCAACCAGGGACAAAGAAAACUAGGGGGAUGGGGAAAGGACUGUCCAGUUCCAUUGUCAUUUCUUGUUCUCUUAUUCAAGUUGGCAUUUGUACUGUGUGGCUGUCAACCAGCCCCCCAUUCCUGGAUGCUGAUAUGCAUUCAGGAAUGGGUGAAAUUACUCUGCAGUGUAAUGAGGGAUCCCCUGUCAUGUUUUACAGUAUGAUUGGAUACAUGAGCUUUUUAGCCAUUGCCAGCUUUAUAGUUGCUUUCUUUGCCAGGAAUUUACCUGACAGUUUCAAUGAAGCCAAAUCUAUUACAUUCAGCAUGUUAGUGUUCUGCACUGUAUGGCUGUCAUUUGUCCCAACUUACCUGAGCACCAGAGGAAAAUACAUGGUUGCUGUGGAGAUUUUCUCUAUUUUAGCUUCCAGUGCUGGAUUGCUGAGUUUUAUAUUUUUUCCCAAAUGGUACAUCAUUGUUGUGAGGCCUGAACUGAACAACCGGGAUCAGCUUAAAUGGAGAAAGCACUGA